UGCUCUGUUUACUUUUAAUACAUCGAUAAUAUAUCAUCAAUAAAGUGACACAUUUUAUAUUAAAUAUCUUUUCUCAAAUAAAAUUUCUUUUAAUAAAUAAAAACCCCUGACUAUUUUUAAAUUAAAAAACUAUUUGAUAGCAAUUUUCUUUUUUUCAUUAUUAUAACUAGAAGCAGAAAAAAUAUUGACACCUAAUGACCUAACGGUACUUUGAGGUUAGAACUCGUGUUAUGAUGUGUCAAUUUGUUAUUCGUUUAUUUGCAAUUGAUUCCUGGCAUUUAUAGAGUAUUGCUAAUAAAAUAAGUAUAUUUAAUGAAAUAUUACAUUAACUAAAGAGACUGAAUUAAAAUCAAAAGCAUAAUAAAUAGAAAUUUUAACUUAUAAAAUAUACUAUUUUCUCUGAUCUAAACAUAUAUGAAAGACUGUUCAUUGUUAUGUUUACUCUAGAAAGUUUAAAAGAAAUGUGAUAUUUAUUUUUUUGUUUAAAUAAAAAGUUAUCUUAUUUUAUUUAGAAAUUUUUGCAAAAAAAAACUGAUUGUUAAAAUGAGGUGGCCUUCGUUUAGCCUUAUUAUUUCGGGAGUGUUUUUGACGUACAUUUGUUAUUCAAUUUAUACCAUAUCACUUAUAUUUAUUCCUCCUGCUUGUGAAAAAAGAGAACUCUGCAUAAGUUCUUACUUAAAUUCAAAGCCAGAUUUGCAGUUGGAUUUUUUCACUUCUUCUAAAAGUCGUCCUCUUCAAGCAGAAACAGAUCAUGUUUUCUCAUCUUCCAAAUUCAACUACGAUGAAACUCAAGAUAUCCAAGUAACAUUAAUAAUUCCCGAAAGAACGAGAAGAAAUGGAACUUUAUUUUUACAUGUUUUUUUAACUCCUUUUUCUGAAAAUCAGGGAAGAUCCUUCUACGAUCUAUCAAAGAAUAAGUAUGCGGUUAUUCUUCCAAUUAAAAUGACCCAGUUUGCAGUGCCAGAAUUGAAAGGAUCUAAUUUAUUAGGAGUCGAGCAGGUUGAAGGACAUAGGAAAAAAUCGAGGACAAAACCAAUUUCACAUUUAAAGAGCAAAGUUACUUUCACGAUAAUGACUGAUCCUGUUGAUCUUCCAACUAAUAAUAUGCCCAUGGAAUUCAUGCCGUAUAUGAAACGAAUUCAAAAUCGGAAAUAUCUUCCAAUGAUAAAUUACAACUUUUUGGAGACUCGAUUGAGUCAUUUGAUUCCAAUCACGACAGAAUUGACAUCUUCUAAUGUUACAAUUACUUAUUCGCCAAUAUCGGUUGGAAAAUUGAGACUAAUCUUACAUAUCGAAGCGGCAAUGAAAGGAUUAAAAGGACUUGGUUUUGGAGAUAAGGAUGUCGACGAAGUUAAAAGCAUCUUAGCGGAUACAAAUUUAUAUUUAUUGGCUGGAACUGUCUUCGUUGCUUCCAUACAUCUACUUUUUGAUUUCCUCGCUUUCAAGAAUGACGUUAAUUUCUGGAGGGGUAAAAACAAUCUUGCUGGUCUCAGUAUUCAAACAAUUUUAUGGCGUGCAUUUAGUCAGACUGUUAUAUUUUUGUAUCUUCUCGAUGAAGGCUCUUCAUUACUCAUUAUAAUUCCAUCGGGUAUUGGUUGCAUUAUAGAGUUGUGGAAGUCGAAGAAAGUUUUAAGGGCGGAAUUUGUAAGAGAAGGCUUCAUACCCAAGAUAAAAUUCAAUUGGAGCAAAUGUGAUUCACUGGAAGCGAAAUCUCGACAAUUUGAUGCGGAAAGUAUGCGAUAUUUGAGUUAUCUUCUGUAUCCAUUGGUUCUCGCUGGUGCAAUUUAUUCUCUUCUUUAUCAAGCUCACAAAAGCUGGUAUUCCUGGUGUAUAAAUUCACUUGUUAAUGGAGUUUACGCUUUUGGAUUUCUCUUCAUGUUGCCUCAACUGUUUUUAAAUUAUAAACUAAAGUCUGUCGCUCAUUUACCUUGGCGUGCAUUUAUGUAUAAAGCGUUCAAUACAUUUAUCGAUGAUAUUUUUGCAUUCAUCAUUACAAUGCCAAUGGCACACAGAGUUGCGUGCUUCAGAGAUGACGCCGUCUUCCUCGUCUACUUAUAUCAACGAUGGCUCUAUCCUGUUGAUAAGUCACGCACUGAUUCGGCAACAAUCGAGGAAGAACCUGUUACUGCUAGUGAUUCAGUGAAGAAAAUUCAAUAAUUUUCUUAAUUAACGUAAUAUUUAAAAAGAAAAGUACAAAUUUUAACGAUCGUGUUAUGACAUUUCUUGCUCAAUGUUUGCUGAUGCAUUUUUUGCAAAGAAAAUACUAUUUGACUGUGAUUGAGAAUUUUACAGUUUGUGAAUUUUUUUUACGAUUGAUAUUUACUUUUUUGGUAUUGAGUGCGAAGAAUUUGUAUUAAGAAUUUACAGGAUUUAUUAACAGUAUUUGUUUCAUUAAAAAAAAAAGUGUAAAAAUAGAGAAUUUUGUAAAUAAUUCUAUUUUCAUUAGAAGGGAAUUUUUUGUACUUUUUUUUGUUUCUUUUAAUAGAAUGACGGAAGUUAGAAUUAUUAUUAAACACAAAUUUUUUCUUGAGACUUGUCUUGAAAAUAAUAAUACAAUUUAAAAAGGUUAUUUGGAAAAUUGAAUAUAAAAAAAUGUAGGAAAGAUUAGUUAAUCUCGAUCUUGACCUAGAAAUUCGAAGUUGAUUUUUAACCUGUUAUUAUAGUUACGUAAUUUAUAGUGGUACUGACUGAAUCCUUUUCAUAAUUGAAUGACGCAAAUAGCAUGAUCAUUCAUUCUCUCUCGGAUAGUUGAAUUGUAAAUAUCAAAAUGUGAGAAUGAUAUUCAUUUUUCGCAAGUCUCGUGUGCAUAUUUUAAAUUGUUUACAUUUUUCAAAAUGAAAAAAACAGUUUAAUGAUGAAGGAAUGAGAAAUUAAUGACUAUUUUUAAAAUUACAUUAUCCCUUUUUUUAAAAAAAUUAUUUUUGCAAAAUUAUCGUUAUUUUACAAUUAUACUAUUGUACAAUUUUUUAUAAUUUUAAUUUCAUCUUAUCGAAAUCUGUUGUAAGAUAAUUUUAAUCUACGAUUGAAGUUUCGAUAAAGAUACAGAGUUUGUUAAAAUGAUAAGCAGUCGCAUUUUGAACAUUGAUCAGUGAGGACGUCGAAAAAAAGGAAUUAUUUCCCACUAUUCCCGAAUUAAAGGAAACAUGGAAUUAAAAA